AUGAGUUUGAGGAUCUUCUCGCUCGAGGAGGAUUUCUUCGAGCUGCGGGGUUUGUCGCUCGAGGAAGAUUUUCUCGAGCGGCGUGGUGCGGACGGAGGGGGGCUCUCGUCCUUUCUUGGCGGAGGAGAUCGUUGCGGCGAAGUCGAUCUUCGCGGCGAGACGGAUCUCUGUGGCGAGAAAGAUGGGUUUCUUGUAGGGAAGGCUUGUCCCUACCUUCAGCGGAAACCUGAUAAAACCCUAACUAAUAACACCAAGUCAGCUGGUUAUGUUUUGGCUAGAGCCCCAGUUCCAGAUUAUCCUCCUUAUGAUGAGUUUGAACGGCACUUGUCCGUUGGUUCUUGUAUCUACCGCCUUUCUCGAUGGGGACCAUCUAGCCACGUCCCCAUUAUGGAUUGCCGGUCUCACACGUGGGCCGAGGCUCCAAAGCCAAGCUUCCCAGCGGACGUACGGAUAAGUUCUGGUAGCGUCUUUGAUCAUAAGAUAUAUGUAUUAGCACGCUACAAAGAUGGUUACAUUGGUAUGAACUAUUUCGCAGUGUUCGACACGGAAACACAAAGUUGGGAUCCUCUACUUCUCCCUUGCACUGGGAAACACGUCUCUUUACGAGACUGCAAAAGCGUAUGUAUUGACGGAAAGUUCUACCUGACGGCGACUGGCUCAGAUGUGGUUGUUUACGAUCCCAAGGAAGGCAGAUGGGACCUGAUUACAUCGGGAAUGGAUAGGUUUAUGUUUGGUGAUUCUUAUUGCGUGAUAGGGAAUGUUUUGUACUCUGCUUCCGCCGAAAAGUUGCAAUGGUAUGAUGGUGAGGUACAUGAGUGGAGAGAUUUGCAGGGUUUGGUUGGACUACCUAAGAUACGUAUUGACCGUCAUGUUACGUUGGCUGAUUAUGGUGGAAAGAUGGUGGUUUUGUGGAAGAAUGAAACGACUUGUGACGACGAGAUGUCUCAGAUUUGGUGUGCCGAGAUUGCGCUUGAAAGAAGCGAAAAAGGGUGUGAAAUUUUGGGGAGAGUUGAGUGGUUUGAUGUUGUGCUUACAUCCCAUGAGGAAUGUCGUUUCUUCAAAGGCUGUUGCUGUUACUGUCUGAUGAACGCGUCACUAGCUAGGGUGGCUUAA